AUGGCCCCUCGCGACGACUUGGGUUGGACUGACCCAUGGAACUGGCAGAUCUUCGCGGUCGGGGACGUCGAGACAGUCCGUCAGCCGAGCGGCCGCGCAGUGAGGGUCUACUCCUGGUGGCCCGUGCUCACGUACUCGAUCCUCUACCGGAUCAGAGAUGAGCACUUUGGCGGGCGCGGAAACGUCCGUCGCGGCGCGCGCCGAGGAGCGCGCGAGGCUGACGGGCGAGUCGUACGAAGCGUGCGCUUUGGAGCUGUGUUUUGCAACUACGAGCACUUCAGCCAGGAGCUCCCCACCCCAGACGGAGGCACCCUGGGGUUCUCUCCGCACUCAAACGACUAG